AUGUCUCCAUGGAAAGGUCCCAAGGAGCCGGAGCCCUUUAGCCUCAAGAAGAGCGGGACGCGGCCGCACUCAGUCAGCUGUGGUCCUGGAGCAGCCGCGUCUGGGCGCGCGGCCCUGAGGAAGUAUCAGCUUCACAAUCCAGGGCUCCAAAGGACCCAUGGGAGGGUCGGGAGGCUUAUGGGAGUGAUCCCGCGGCUGGGCCAGCGCUUUAAGGUCCCUAGGGACCCAGAGGAGUGGGCCCGGGUGAGGCAUCUGGUGGCGCUGAGCAAGGAGUCGUGGGACCCGCAGAGGGCGCCCGUCUGUGUAGGGGCAGCAGCGCCUGGAGGAAGGAGGCCCCGGCCGCCGUCAGGGUUCAGGCUCUGCCUGGGGGUCCCUGACUCGGUCUUCCAGGCCGGGCUGUGUCUCUUUGCCCAGGCUGGGCGGGGCCGUUGGCAGUUGAAAAGCCCCGCCCCAACCCCAUCACCGCCGCCUGGCCCCGCCCCCGUCUCCAUGGAGACCGGACGCCGCCGGAACACUUGUCAGGUGCUGCUCUGGAGCCCGGCGCCUGCCUUGCGUGCCCUGUCUGCCCCACGCGGGCGGUGCUGCUCAGGCUGGCCCCUACUCGAGACACCGGAAUACCUGUCCACCCGUCCACUCCUGGGCCCCUUCCUCCCGGGGCGGGCUGUAGGGCACGGCGGGAGCCAGCCCUUGCAGAAGCUAGGUCAAGCUGACCACUCUGUCUUUGAUCUCUGCCAGGGAUCUGAAAGAACAUCCAGCCCCACGCGGGCAGGCGAGCCGGGGGCCCAGUUCGCAUGCGCGGGGCGGUGCUGGGGGUGGGGCGAGCGGCUGCCUGGCGGAUUCGCGCGGGUGCUGAGAGUGGCCAGCGAAGGCAGCGUUAGCCGCCCCUGCCCGGUCCCUGCGCCGCUGCCGCCUGCGUUUCGGUUUGUUAGUAGGCCCGGCUCGGCCGGGAGCGAAAGCGAGACCGUGGAGCAGUCGCCGCCACAGUCGCCAGGGCCGGGGAAGGCGGGCGAUGCCCCCAACCGCCGCUCGGGCCAUGUCCGAGGGGCGCGCGUGUUGUCGCCGCCGGGGCGCCGCGCCCACCUGUCGUCCCCCGGGCCCAGCAGCUCGUCCGAGGCUCGUGAGGAAUUGCGCCGCCGCCUCCGGGGCCUCAUUGAGCGCAGCCGGGUGAUGAUCUUCAGCAAGAGCUACUGUCCCCACAGUACUCGGGUGAAAGAACUCUUUUCUUCUUUGGGAGUCGAAUGUAACGUCUUGGAACUUGAUCAAGUUGAUGAUGGGGCCAAGAUUCAAGAAGUGCUGUCAGAAAUCACUAAUCAGAAAACUGUGCCCAAUGUUUUUGUGAAUAAAGUGCAUGUAGGUGGAUAUGACCAAACUUUCCAGGCAUAUCAGAGUGGUUUGUUACAGAAGCUCCUUCAGGAAGAUUCAGCAUAUGAUUAUGAUCUCAUCAUUGUUGGUGGUGGUUCUGGUGGCCUUUCAUGUGCGAAGGAAGCUGCCAUUUUGGGAAGGAAAGUUAUGGUGCUAGACUUUGUUGUCCCGUCACCUCAGGGCACAUCCUGGGGUCUUGGUGGCACUUGUGUAAAUGUAGGUUGUAUUCCUAAGAAAUUGAUGCAUCAGGCUGCCCUUUUGGGGCAGGCAUUAUGUGACUCAAGGAAAUUUGGCUGGGAGUAUGAUCAACAAGUGAAGCACAACUGGGAGACGCUGACAAAAGCGAUUCAGAACCACAUCAGCUCUCUAAACUGGGGCUACAGGUUGUCUCUGAGGGAAAAGGCUGUGGCCUAUGUCAAUUCCUAUGGAGAAUUUGUUGAACAUCAUAAAAUAAAGGCAACCAAUAAAAAAGGACAGGAGACUUAUUAUACUGCUGCACAGUUUGUCAUAGCAACGGGUGAAAGGCCACGGUAUUUAGGAAUCCAAGGAGAUAAAGAAUACUGUAUUACUAGUGAUGACCUUUUUUCUCUGCCUUACUGCCCUGGCAAAACGUUAGUGGUGGGUGCCUCUUAUGUCGCCCUGGAGUGUGCAGGAUUUCUGGCUGGCUUUGGCCUAGAUGUCACAGUUAUGGUACGCUCAAUCCUUCUCCGUGGCUUCGACCAAGAAAUGGCAGAAAAAGUGGGUUCCUACAUGGAGCAGCAUGGUGUGAAGUUCCUACGGAAAUUCAUACCUGUGAUGAUUCAACAGUUGGAGAAAGGUUCACCUGGAAAGCUGAAAGUAUUGGCUAAAUCCACGGAAGGAACAGAAACAAUUGAAGGAGUCUAUAACACAGUGAGUUUUUAUUUUAUCAUUACUAAGUUAUUGAACACACUCCUAAAUUAA